CUGUUUUAAUCUCUCGAGGUCUCCUUGAAGUGUUCCCAUCAUGGCCUCCCAAGUCAUACCUUGGUAUAAGAAGAAGCAUGUGAGCCAAGUUAAAACUGAUUAUGCUUAUCAUCACAGUAAACAUGUUGUCAAGCAGCAGACUGAAAGCAGGAAAACCAGCUGUAAAUCAGCCAGUCAGGUGCAGGCUCAGGCCACUGAGGCGAUGGCAGAACCAGCCUAUACCGUACCGGUUUUCCGGCAGAGGACUGCUGAGGAAACUGAGGAGUACCAGAGAGUGACCUCAAAUGUUGGAAAAGGACUAGCUGUUAUUCAGGAGGAGCUUCACAGGAUGAGGAUGGCAACCAAAGCUCAAGUGGACAGUAUCGCCAUCCAAAGAGAGGUUAAGGACUUGAUGAGAAAAAGUGGUGACUUGUUGGAGGAGUUUCCCAAGAUGCCUGACUUCCUGGUGGCCCUGCGACCCCACACUGUGUGGGAGAAAACCCCAGUCAAGCUUUUCUGCACAGUGGAAGGCAACCCAAGGCCCAUUGUCAAAUGGUACAAAGGAGGAGUGCUGGUCAACCCACUGGAUGCUCCAGGAAAGUACAAGAUAGAGAGCAAGUAUGGAGUCCACAGUUUGAUCAUUAGCAGGUGUGUUGUAAGUGAUACCGCUGAGUACAGUGCUGUGGCCACCAACCAGCAUGGCACAGCUACAAGCAAGGCGACAAUUAUUGUGAAGAGACCAGGAGGAGCUACAGAGUUCUGCCAGCUUGGUCUAGUGCCACAUCUGACAGAGAUCCAUCCCAGUAAGCUUGAGGUCACCCUGCUCGAGAGGUUCCCAGUUAGUUUUGGAGUGGAAGGCAAUUCCAUCAAACUAGUGUGUACUAUGGUGGUUGUUCCAGAUCUCCCCAAUAUACCACCCCUUGCCCAGUGGUACCGAGAUGAUAAACUUCUGAAACCAAGUAAGCUAGUAGAGAUGUCAGUGAAUGGAGGUGCAGCGUGUCUGAUUCUGCCUCACCUGGCCAAGGACGAUGAAGGCCUCUACACCCUUCGUAUCUUCACAAAAGAUGGCACCACUGAGCAUAGCGCAUAUCUCUUUGUUUCAGAUGCUGCUCCUCCUGUAGCCGGAGCCCCUGGUGCACCAAUAAAUGUCAAGGCCUUUGACAUUAACUCAGAGUACGUCUUGGUGGCCUGGAAACCCCCUAACACCGUCAAUGAGGCACCGAUCACUGGAUACUUUGUGGAUCGCUGUGAAGCUGGUUCUGACACCUGGGUCCAGUGCAACGACUCCCCAGUGAAGGUCUGUAAAUACCCAGUGCAUGGCCUCAGCCUGGGACGCUCCUAUCACUUCCGAGUGAGAGCUGUGAACAAAGCAGGAAUCAGCCGACCGUCACGCAAGUCAGACCAAGUGACAGCCAUCGAUGCUGCAGAGAGCGAGAGACUGCACGGUACAGACGAAGGUGUCCCUUCUGCUCCUGGGAAGGUUGUUGCCACUAGAAACACCAAGUCGUCUGUUUUUGUUCAAUGGGAACCUCCAAAAAGUCAGAAAAACCUUCUGGGAUAUUAUAUUGACGGCCGUGCUGCUGGAUCCAAAGACUGGUUCGCUUGUAACCACAAACCCUUCAGACACAACAGGUUUGUGGUCCACGGUCUGAUCCCAGGAGAGACUUAUGUGUUCAGAGUCCAAGCUGUCAGCAUGUUUGGCCUCAGUGAGGAGUCUCAGGAGUCUUCUCCCAUUGCUGUGGAGCCUGCCCUCGCAACUCCCAGUGCUCCCUACGGCAUCACCAUGCUGAGCAGUGAUGGUUCAUCCAUAACUGUGGCAUGGAAGAGUCCCAAACACUGUGGUGGCUCCAAGGUCAAUGCCUAUUACAUCGACAAGCGUGACGCUGACACCUUGGUGUGGAAAGAAGUCAACCUGUCUGCGGUCACAGAGAGAAUCUGCACUGUGGACAGUUUAAAAGAGGGAACAUUUUAUGAGUUCAGGAUUCAGGCUGGUAAUCUGGCUGGUGUUGGUCUACCAUCAGCUCCCAGUGCCCCAAUGAAAUGUGAAGCUUGGACCAUGGCAGAGCCAGGCCCAGCCUAUGAUCUGAGCUUUAGUGAGGUCAGAGGUGACUCACUGGUCAUUCUGUGGAAAGCUCCGGUGUAUACUGGAAAGAGUGCUGUCACUGGAUACUUUGUGGAUAUGGCUGAGAAGGGCACAUCUGAGUUUGUGACACUGAAUGAAGAAGCUGUAAGCCAUCAUUACCUGCAGGUAGCUGGACUGCAGGAAGGUAAAACGUACGUCUUCAGAGUUCGUGCUGUCAACGCAAACGGGGUUGGGAAGCCUUCUCAGCUGUCUGAGCCUGUCUGUGCCAAAGCUCUUCCAGCCUUAAACACAAUGCUUGAGCUCAGCUACUCCAUCAAACAUCCAGUUGUUCCCCUGAAACACAGUCUGAACUACGAGAUUUUGGAGAAAGGUCAUGUUCGUUUCUGGGUGCAGGCUGUCAAACUGUCUCCAUCAGUGUCCUACAGGUUCAUUGUUAACGACAAAGAAGUCACCAGUGGGGAGGGUCAGAAGAUCAGCCACGACGUGGCUUCUGGUGUCAUCCAGAUGACGGUGGACCAUUUCACCAGAGCCAACGAGGGCACAUACACAGUCCAGAUCCAUGAUGGCAAGGCCAAAACCCAGAGCUCACUGGUCCUGGUGGGAGAUGUGUUCAAGGCUGCUUUGAAAGAGGCUGAGUUUCAGAGAAAAGAACACACAAGAAAACAGGGUCCACAUUUCUCUGAGUACCUGUAUUUCAAAGUCACAGAGGAUUGUACUGUUACGCUUGCCUGCAAGGUGGCUAACGUGAAGAAGGAAAGUGCUUUCCAUUGGUACAAAGAGGAUGAGGAGAUUGUUCCGGAGACUCCACCCAACGUUGUGUCUGGAGCUUGUGCUCUUCCUCUCCCUCUGUUCUCUAGGAAAGAUCAAGGUGUUUACAAGGCUGUUCUCAGUGAUGACAGAGGAAAGGACACUUCUGUGUUUGACAUUUCAGGCAAAGUGUUUGAUGACAUCAUCAAUGCCAUUGCCCACAUUGCUGGUGCAUCUGCCUCUGACCUGGUGAUGCAGUGCACUCCAGAGGGUAUCAGACUGCAGUGCUACAUGAGUUACUACACAGAGGAGAUGAAGACAGUCUGGAAACACAAGGGGAAUAAGAUCGCGUCCUCUGAGAAGAUGAGGAUCGGGGGCACAGCAGAGAUGGCCUGGAUGCAGAUCUGUGAUCCCUCUGAUAAGGAGAAAGGUCAAUACGCCAUCGAGAUAUCAGAUGGUGUGACCACCCACACAAGGACGUUUGACCUCUCUGGACAAGCAUACACUGAUGCAUAUGAAGAGUACUUAAGACUUAAGGCAGCUGCAUUUGCUGAGAAAAACCGUGGAAGAGUGGUUGGUGGUCUUCCUGAUGUGGUCACCAUUAUGGAAGAGAAGUCUCUAAGCCUGACCUGCACUGUGUGGGGCGAACCAACCCCCGAGGUCUCCUGGUUCAAAAACGAGCAGGAAGUUGCUUCUAACGAGCACACCAAAGUGACUUUCGACGGCGGAAAGUUCGCCAGCCUGGUCAUCAACAAAGUUACUCCUGAAGACUCCGGCAAGUACAGCAUCAAUGUUCGGAACAAGUAUGGUGGUGAGUUUGUCGAGAUCACCGUCAGUGUCUACAAGCACGGAGAGCCGAUCCCUGAACCCAAAGUGGGACAGCCGAAAGCAGCCACACCUGCACCACCAAAGUCUCCAGCUCCACCAUCCAAGACCCCCGCCCCGGCCCCUUCUAAGGCUCCGACCCCAGCGCAGUCUCAGAAGAGCUCAACUCCUGCCUCCACUCCAGGCUCUACCCCGGUUCCUAAGUCUCCAACCCCGACACCACCUCGAAGUGUCAAAUCCCCAACCCCGCCCAGAUUCAUGAAGUCUCCCACCCCACCCAGGAAGUAAGGGCUAGUGACCCCUUCACUGUUAGGUCAUCAGCCUGGGAAUGAAACCAUGAGCUGUUUCUUGAAAGUUGAUUUAAGUGUAGACAACACUUAUGUCCAAAUAUCCAAACCUCUGCAUACUACUGCUGCUUCUGCUGCUGUGACAGGCGUUUAUUAGCACUUAUAUCGUAAUAGCUUCAUUAUUUCAUUUUUAACUCAAAUGGGGGGAAAAAACAAAAGACCUACAUAUAUUGAAGUUUAUUGUUUUUCAAAGCAACACCUUUCAUAGUGCAGUGAUAGUGGAUUGUCUUUGUCAUAGUUUAUGAUUGUCACAGCAUAAUUAA